CCCCAGUUCGCCUUUUAUUUCGUGUUUGGGUAGGAGAAGAAGAAAGAACCCCUCGAGGUUGCCUGACCAGCGGGGUGAAAGAAGUCGGAACAACGACGAGCUGUAACACUACAGUUUCUUCUCAGGAGGAAACUGUCCUAGGGUCUCCUUUGGGCCGGGACGCGGGAAAAGUAAAGUAUCGGUUCUUGUUUUCGGGGUUCCGCGGGACCAUGGCGCGCGGCGGGGCGGCUCGCGGGACUGGUCAGACCCGGUGUCAGAGGCUAAGCUAGGUCUGAUCCGAAGGCUGUAGAAGCUCGAACUCUGACCCGCUUCCACAUCUAACGGCACACCUGCCUUCAUGUCGGACUGAUUUCGGGUUUGUUGUUUAGAAACUUUCCGGUUGAGUCGCCAGGCAUGUCGUUCUUUAAUUUCCGUAAAAUAUUCAAAUUGGGAGCCGAGAAGAAAAAGAAACAAUACGAGCACGUCCGGAGGGACGAGAACCCGGAGGAGGUCUGGGAGAUCAUAGGGGAGCUGGGAGAUGGAGCCUUUGGGAAAGUAUUCAAGGCUCAGAACAAGCAGACGGGCAUCCUCGCCGCCGCCAAAGUUAUCGACACAAAGACGGAGGAGGAGCUGGAGGACUACAUGGUGGAGAUCGACAUCCUGGCCUCCUGCGACCACCAGAACAUCGUCAAACUGCUCGAUGCCUUUUAUUAUGAAGGCAAGCUGUGGAUCCUGAUCGAGUUCUGUGCCGGGGGCGCCGUGGAUGCCGUCAUGCUGGAGCUGGAGAGGCCCCUGACGGAGCCACAGAUCCGGGCGGUGUGCAGGCAGACUCUGGAGGCGCUCACCUACCUGCACGAAAACAAGAUCAUCCACCGAGACCUGAAGGCGGGGAACAUCCUGCUCUCGCUGGACGGCGACGUCAAACUAGCUGACUUUGGCGUUUCAGCCAGAAACACAAAAACGCUGCAGCGCCGGGACUCCUUCAUCGGAACUCCUUAUUGGAUGGCUCCGGAGGUUGUGAUGUGCGAGACGUCCAAAGAUCGGCCCUACGACUACAAGGCCGACAUCUGGUCCCUCGGGGUCACCCUGAUCGAGCUGGCGCAGAUCGAGCCGCCCAAUCACGAGAUGAACCCCAUGAGGGUCCUGCUGAAAAUAGCCAAGUCCGACCCCCCCACUCUGAUGCAGCCGUCGCGCUGGUCCCCAGAGUUCAGUGACUUCCUGAAACGAUGUCUGGACAAGAACGUGGAGAACAGAUGGACCACCGCACAGCUUCUUCAGCACCCCUUCGUGUCGUCUGUGACCGACAGCAAACCUCUGCGGGAGCUGAUCGCUGAGGCCAAAGCCGAGGUCACCGAGGAGAUCGAGGAGCACAAGGAGGAAGAAGAGGAAGAGGAGACAGAGCCCCAGCCUGGCCACAAACGAGCGCCAUCCGACGUCAGCGUUGCCAGCUCAGAGGAUGAGAAAAUCCCGCUCUCUCCAUCAGUCUUGGAGUCGGUUCCUGAAAAACUGGAGCAGAUCCUGCAAGUACCUGCACAGCCAGAACUUCCCGAGAGCAACCAUGUGGAGAACACCUGUGAGCAAGCUGCUCCUGUAGAACAAACGGAGGAAGAGUCUGACGCUCGAGUGAAAGAUGAAGAAGAGAAACCCGCAGUGGAGGAGGAACUCCCAGAUGGAGAACCAGAACCAGAACCCUCAGCUGAACCUCCCUCCGAAGAGCUGCAGCAGCUGCAGAUAGACAAUGAUGAUGAAAAGGAAGUGGACACAGCUGAAGCUCCAGAGCACGAAGAGGCUUCCGAGCUUCCAACAGAGGAAAACACGCCAGCCACAAGUCCAGCAGAGGAAGAGGAGGACAAAGAGGAAGAGCAAUACAAACAGCCAAAAGUGACUCUGACUCUUCCAGAGAAAGACAACGCAGAAAUGAAAGCAGAAACAUCCAAGGAGGAGAAGGAGGUUCAAAACAACGACUCUGGGGGAUCAGCCGCAGACAGCAGCAGCGUGGACCUCAACCUCUCCAUCUCCAGCUUCCUGUCCAAAACAAAAGAGCCCGGAUCCGUUUCAGUGCUGGACGCCAAGAAAAAGAAAACCCUCAAAAAGACCCGCAAGUUCAUUGUGGACGGCGUGGAGGUCAGCGUGACGACGUCCAAGAUCAUCACAGACAACGACACCAAGAACGAGGAGAUGAGAUUCCUCAGGCGUCAGGAGCUGAGGGAGCUGCGCCUCCUGCAGAAGGAGGAGCAGCGAGCGCAGCAGCAGCUGAGCAACAAGCUGCAGCAGCAGAAGGAGCAGAUCUUCAGGCGCUUCGAACAGGAGACCACGAGUAAGAAGCGUCAGUACGACCAGGAGGUGGAGAACCUGGAGCGGCAGCAGAAGCAGACCAUCGAGAGGCUGGAGCAGGAGCACACCGCCCGGCUGCGGGACGAGGCCAAGCGCAUCAAAGCGGACCAGGACAAGGAGCUGUCCAAGUACCAGAACAUGCUGAAGAACCGCAAGAAGGAGGAGCAGGAGUUCCUGCAGAAGCAGCAGCAGGACCUGGACGCCGCUCUGAAGAAGAUCAUCCAGCAGCACAAACACGAGCUCGCCACCGUCGAGAGGGACUGCCUUAACCACAAGCAGCAGCUCCUGAGAGCGCGGGAGGCCGCCAUGUGGGAGCUGGAAGAGCGCCACCUGCAGGAGAAACACCAGCUCUUCAAGCAGCAGCUGAAGGACCAGUACUUCAUGCAGAGACACCAGCUGCUGAAGAGACACGAGAAGGAGAUGGAGCAGAUGCAGCGCUACAACCAGCGACUCAUUGAGGAGUUGAAGAACAAGCAGACGCAGGAGAGAACGCGGCUGCCCAAGAUCCAGCGCAGCGAGGCCAAGACGCGCAUGGCCAUGUUCAAGAAGAGCCUCCGCAUCACCGCCGCCGGCAUCCCCCCCGAGCAGGAGAGGGAGAGGGUCAAGCAGUUCGCAGCUCAGGAGGAGAGGAGGCAGAAGAACGAGCGUCUGCAUCAGCACCAGAAACACGAGAACCAGAUGAGAGACCUGCAGCUGCAGUGUGACGCCAACAUCCGGGAGCUGCAGCAGCUGCAGAAUGAGAAGUGCCACCUGCUGGUGGAACACGAGACGCAGAAACUGAAGGAGCUGGACGAGGAGCACAGCGUGGAGCUGAAGGAGUGGAGGGAGAAGCUUCGCCCCAGGAAGAAGGCUCUAGAAGAGGAGUUCGCCCGGAAACUGCAGGAACAGGAAGUCUUCUUCAAGAUGAGCGGCGAGUCCGAGUGCCUUAACCCGUCCACGCAGAGCCGCAUCUCCAAGUUCUACCCCAUCCCCAGCGUCCAGUCCACGGGGUUCUAGGUGAAACACUCGCUCCGUCUUCCUCUGCCGCUCCACAGUUUGACCAAGAACUCCGUGCCUGAUGAAGUCUGACUUUCGAGUCCGAGUUUCUCUGCUUCAGACUUUUGUGCUAAAGAAAACUGUAGGAGAGAACGUUCUUCAGACAAAAGACGUAACGCUGAGGCUCGGCUGUUAGUUUGUGAUGCAUAAAAAUGAUUUUAAGCCGAAUUCCUUCCAUUUAAAAACCAGAAAACUGUUUUUUUACGAUGGAGUUUUAGGGCCAGUUUACAAACAAUAUUUUUUUGUUUUUAAUUAUGACUUUAAUGUUGUAAAUUUAUGAGCGAAAAAAAGUCAUUGUGAAAUUACGAGAGAAAAACUCGUAAAUUUACGACUUUAUUCUCGUAAUUUAACAGUUAUGACAAUUUUUUUUCUUGUAAGUUUACGACUAUCAAUCCUGUAAAUUUAUGACCUUAAAUCUCGUAAUUUUGCUUUUUUUUUUGGGUGGCCCUAUAACUGUCGUAUUUUUAAUGCAGACAAUAGCAAAACAAAUUGAAGGCGAGGGUCUUAUUGUUUUCUCCAGAGGUUAAAGGCCGUAACGCUCCUGGUGAGCUGCUUUUUUAAAGUAAAACUCAAACAAGUUUUUCUCUUUUCCUCUUUUUAUUUGAAAGUCAAGCUGAUUUAUGUCAAACCGGUUCCUUUUUUAUCACAUUUUCUUUAGGAUUUAUUUACAAAAACGAAAAAACAUGAAGGAACAAACAGUGAAGCAAAAAACCCCUCAUAAUUACAAACCAGACGGGGUUCCUCAACUCUAAAUGUUUGCUAAAAUAACACAACAUAUCAAAGUCAUGCAUUUUUAAAACGUGUAUAGUUUCUAGAUUUCUUGUAAUGUUGGUUUUGUUGUAAAUAAAGUAUUUACCU